AUGCACCGUUCGACGUUCGAGGUCUUUCUCCAAUUGACUGAACCUAACCUAGCCAAGACCAUUGGAGUCCGGGUGCCAACAGCCACCAAGGUCCUCAUGACGUUGUGGCUCUUAGGAAGUCAGGAAUCGUACCGUGGCGUCGCUGACAGGUUUGGUGUUCACAAGAGCACCCUCCACUUUGUGGUCUACGAGAUUGUGUUGGUAUGGGCACGGUGUGCACCCUCUGUAAUACAGUGGCCCACGCAGCUUGCCCAGGUGGCCAGCCAAUUCGAACGGAAGUGGAGGCUCCCAGGCGUUGUGGGUGCCGUGGACGGGUGCCAUGUUUCUAUCAAGGCUCCCAAAGAAGAGCAGUCUGCCUUCUACAACAGGAAGGAGUUCCACUCCGUUGUGCUCCAAGGCUGCUGCGACAGCAGGAUGGUGUUUACACACGUGCAUGUGGGGUCCCCGGACCGGAUGAACGAUGCACGCAUCCUCACCAAUUCUGGCUUAGAUGACAUUCUUAGCGCCCUUUCCGAGGACCUCCACAUCCUCGGUGACUCCGCUUAUCCCCUCGGGGUGAACCUGAUGCGUCCUUACAAGGACAAUGGGCAUCUGACGAGGAGACAAAGUAAAUUCAACACAACAUUAGGUGCCUCGCGGUCAGUGAUAGAGCGGGCCUUUGCCCAAUUGAAAGGAAAGUAUCGACGUCUCAAACACCUGGACAUGGACAACCUUAACAUGGUUCCCAUGUUUGUGAUGGCGGCGUGCGUUCUUCGUAAUGUCAUUCUCACGUCUGCAAAGCCCUUUGUCCUUUGCACGGAGGAACUAGAGGAUCCAUGCCUGGUGCGCAAACAACCAGACAUGACAAGAGCGCCUUCCGCUGCAAAAGCUAAACGCGACGCAAUCGCUAGCUUGCUGCACCCUGCAUGCACCUGA